AUGUCAUAUCCAUACUUUCUUAUCAACAUAAUUGUCAUUGCCUUGAGAGGUGAAGCUAGCCUAGAAAUUUUUCGGGGGAUGAAAUUCGCAAGAUUUGACACUGGGGAGGUUGGUGUUGUGCCUACUGUAACGGAACAAGGUGAUUUCAUCCUUACCGAUUCAACAACAAAAUGUGGCCAAGACUGCUGUAUGUUUCGUCCAAAAGAUAAUCUCAGCAACGAAACAUACAGCAAGGGUAUCCGUGCGGAGAUUGACCCGGGUUUCAAAGGCUUUUUUACUCUUGGUAAAGCAUGGGUUGACUGUUGCUCCUCAGCAAAUAUAGCUUUUGUGGAUAGGACAAGAAAUGCCGGACAAUCUCAUGACGUUAGAGUCAUCGCCAUUCAUUAA